CCCCCCCCCCCCCACACACACACCAAAAGAUAAUCGCCAGGACGCUCAGAAAUGUAUGGUUCAAGCGGUAGAGAUGCUAUCAAGCUGGCACGGUCCAGAUUGGUCAGAACUGAAAGUGGGAAAAGAGAGUAACGGCAGUUUGAAUGCGGUUCCAAUCGGACCACCGCCAACAAUCUUGAUUCGUGCGACCGAAAAUUCGUUUCUGGAAUCACAACAGAGUCACCUUGGCUGGGAUGAAUACAAGCAGGACUUUUUCAAGAGAAUAAUCCGCGUCCCAGGCAAUCAUUUUACUAUGUUUACAGACGAUCAUGUUGCAUAUGUAGCGGAUGCAUUACACGAAGCAUGCCAGCUCUUAGAAAGGCUGACUGCCGUAGUUCCAUCAAAUGCCUCGUAAUGCACGUGUAUGGCUUACAAGCGAAUCGUUAUGAAGAAACUUGGAUUCGCUUGUUUUUAUAACGUACUCGGGCCCAACGGCUGCUUUAGCAGAAUUUCAAUGAAAUUGCCCGCUCAAGAGCGAAAUCUUGAGACUCGUUAAGCCGGUAUGAAGUAGGUGGCUUGGCGCAACUACAACGAUUCAAGGGCCCAACAUAGGCGCGUCGCAUGCAUUGAUAUGGCAGGUUAUAGGUAGUUGCAUAGCUUUUGAUGUUAGCUUAAUGGAGUAAGGUCCGUC